AUGUCGAAGAAUAUGAUAAAUUUAGAGGAGUUCAAAGCGAUUUUGGACGAAAAAUUGGCUCCACUAAAAUCGGAGAUUUCAGAAGUGAAGGCAAAGUCUGAAGAAAUGAGAGCGUUUCUUGAUAUGGCAAAUGAAAAGUAUGAUGAAAUUAUCACAAAAUUAGCUCAGCGUGAUGCUGAAAUGAAAGACAUUAAAACAGAAAAUAAAAUUUUGAAAGCAACUAUACAAACUAUGGAUGAUCAAGUAAGACAGCUGACGGAUUCAGUUAAUGACCUUGAGCAAUAUUCAAGACGCGAAUGUCUUGAAAUACAAGGCAUUCCAUUAAAGAAUAUUGAUGAUACUAAUUCUAUUGUGGUGAAUGUCGGCGAGCUAAUGGGUAUAAAUAUUAAGGAGGAAGAUAUAUCGGUCAGCCAUCGCCUACCAAUAAGAUCAAAAUGUGGUUAAACGUAGAUUUAAGCGAAGUUAACGGCAGAUGUAUCUAGCAGCGGGGAGCCCCUGACGUCACUUAGAACAGUUGCAAUUAUCGCGCAUCCGUCACUUUGCUACAGCUUGGCUAG